UUAUUGAGAGCUGUUUUUGAUUAUGCAUCGGUUUAUUGGCCGUCCAAUGAUGCGUGCAAACGCACGCUUUAUGAUGAGAUGUGUAUCAAGGAGUUUAACAUCUCAUGUUAUGCCAAUAUCUGAUCUUCAAGCUGUUUUUGAUCGGAUUAAACCAGGACAAUCUCUUCAGAGUACAAGUCUGGUCGAAAAUAAGGGAGGGUUAUUUAGGAAUACGGGUGUAAUUGUUCCAAAUGACUUGGUUUCCCUGACUAGACAUACGUUAGAAAAUGCUCAGUUGUUAUCGGAUGAUAUUGCUCAACGUCAAGUUCAGAACGUAGAAGAUGCACGUAGAAUCAUUAAAGAUUUAGAUAGAUUGAGUGAUAGACUUUGCAGAGUGAUUGAUCUUUCCGAAUUAUUAAGAACAGUUCAUCCAGAUAAAGAAUUUGUAGCGGCAGCAGAGGAGGCAUAUCAUUAUAUGUACGAUUUUAUGAAUAUAUUAAAUACACAUAGAGGACUUUAUAAGGUAUUAACACGGAUUCUUGAAAAUGGUAGUAUUGUUAAGGAAUUGACAGAAGAAGAAAGAGUAGUUGCGAAAGGGUUUCAUCAUGAUUUUGAAAAAUCGGGAAUAAAUUUAUCAAGUGAAAAACGAAAGAACUUUGUUGAUAUUUCAAGUCGUAUUGCUUUAUUAGGGCGUCAUUUUUUUAGUGAUUAUGGUCUUAAAGAAAAUUACAUUGAUAUUCCAUCUUAUUUGUUAAACGAUCUUCCAUCAGAUGUAUUAUCCAUGCUUAAAAGAGGAGAUGGAUCGAAUCUUAAGUUUCCUACUUCAGGAUGGAUAUAUCAGAUGGGAAUGGCAUUGAUUUCCGAUCAAAAUGUAAGAAAACGUUUAUAUAUUUCUGGACAAGAAUCAAAGAAAUCUAAAAUCUUAAAUUUGGAAAAUCUUCUUAGAGAAAGAGCGGAAUUAGCGCGACUUGUUGGCAUGGAAAGCUAUGCUGAAUUAGCGUUACUUGAUAAAAUGAUGAAAAAUCAAAUGUUUGUGCUAGAGUUCUUAGAAUGCCUUGCAAAAAAUAACAUGCCUAUUGCAAAAAAAGAGCUGGAACCUCUUUUAAUUAGUAAAAGGAUUCAUCUUUCUGAUUCUAAUAUAUCUUUUCUUAAUGCUUGGGAUAAAGAUUUUUAUUUAAAUUUAGAGAAGAAAUGCUCGACUUUUUUUGAAAAAGAUUCAAUUAUGUCAUAUUUUUCAAUUGGAACUGUUAUUCAGGGUCUUUCAACCUUGUUUACAAAACUUUAUGGUAUAUGGUUUGUUCAAUCUGAAGUUUAUCCUGGAGAGAUAUGGUAUCCGACUGUUAGAAAACUAGAUGUAUUUUCAGAGGAGGGCCAUAUAGGUGUUAUUUAUUUCGACUUAUUUUCAAGGCCUGGAAAGCAAAGUGGUGCUGCGCAUUAUACAGUGCGCUGUUCUCGUAGAAUAGAUGAUGACGUUUUAGUAAAAAGAGAAACAUGUUUUGAAUAUUGCAAUAAUCCAGUUCUUAAGAGUUAUGGAAAGUUAUAUCAACUUCCAAUUAUUGUUUUAGUAUGUGAUUUUGGACAAAUCACUGAUAAAGGUCCUACUUUAUUGUCUUUUUCUGAGUUGGAGACGUUAUUUCAUGAGAUGGGCCAUGCACUUCAUUCUAUGCUAGGACGUACUGAUUUUCAUAAUGUUUCUGGAACACGUUGUGCGACUGAUUUUGUUGAGCUUCCUUCUGUACUUAUGGAACAUUUUGCUUCUGAUAUUUCUAUAACACCUACUUUCGCUCGACAUGCAGUAAAUAAUUCAUUCUUGUCCCCUGAAUAUUUUGGUAAUUAUAUUAAAAAUCAUUUUAAGAUGCAAACAGUUGAAACACACUCUCAAAUUAUAAUGGCAUUUUUGGAUCAACAAUAUCAUACAUCUGCUCCUUUAGAUAAAGAAUUUGAUUCUACAAAGAUAUUAUAUUCUUUACAAGAUAAAUGGGGUUUGUUUCCAUCAGUUCCUGGUACAUCUUGGCAAACACAAUUUACUCACUUAUUUGGAUAUGGUGCUACUUACUAUUCAUAUCUUUUUGAUCGUGCUAUUGCUGCAAAAGUUUGGAAGGAUAUAUUUGCCAAAAAUCCUACGUCUCGUGUUGCAGGAGAAAAGUAUUAUAAAGAGGUCUUGAAAUGGGGUGGAAGUCGAAAUCCAUGGGAAUGUCUUGCUUUUUUGUUAAAUGAUGAAACUUUGGCAAAUGGAGGGUUAGAUGCAGUUAGAAAAGUAGGUCAUUGGGUAUUGAAUAAAUAAAAUGAUUGAAUAUAUACAAAACUUUAAUUAUAUCAUAUCAUAUAUG